GCAAGAAGUGAAGUGGUGUUUGGGUGAUUUUUAUUCAAUUUUGAGUUUGAAUUCAAAUUUUAGUUAAGUGGAGAUGGUCUAGGCCAACGUUAUCCUGAAGUGUAGAAACUAGAGAGAGAGAGAGAGAGAGAGAGAGAGAGAGAGUGAGAGUGGCGACGGAGACGAUGGCUCAGAUCGGUGCUUUUACAAUAAUCAACUCCAUGGAAGCUGCUAAAUACAGAGGAGGUAAUAAACUGCUCUCUCCGCCCCACCAAUCAUCGUUUUCCCUUCCUACUGGGACUGCAAUUCUGUUUCGUUCUCGUUCUCUCACUAGAAACCCUAGUUUCCCUCCUUCUGCAACUAUGAGUCCAAGAAAGAACCAACCACAGUCGAGACGGCUCCAAGAAGCUGAAUUGUUCCUCAGUCGGGUGCCCCAAACGCGACCUCUGCCACACAUUCUUGAAACCAAUACGGCGUUAGGGGUUAUUGCGAAAUCGGGUAAGUACAGCACGGCUCUUUCUCACUUCAACAAGUUGCAGUUAGAAGAGAUUGAGCUAGAUUUGUAUACCUUCAACAUUGUUAUUAACUGCUAUUGUCACGUGAAUCGAGUUGGCUUUGGGUUCUCUCUUUUAGGCGGUAUCUUCAAACGCGGUUAUGCACCUGAUGCAGUUACCGUCAACACUCUGUUAAAUGGACUUAUUGCACAAGAUAAAACUGACGAGGCUCUUUCCCUUUUCAACAACUUGCAGUUAGAAGAGAUUGAGCCAGAUUUAUAUACCUUCAACAUUGCAAUUAACUGUUAUUGUCGCAUGAUUCGAGUUGGCUUUGGGUUCUCGCUUUUAGGCAGCAUCUUUAAACGCAGUUAUACGCCUAAUGUGGUUACCUUCGACACCCUGUUAAAUGGACUUAUUAUACAGGAUAAAACUGCUGAGGCGGUGGAGUUAUUUGAGAAAAUAGUCAAAAAGGGGGAAAUCAAACACAAUGUGUAUCAGUAUGGAUCGUUAAUAAAUAGGCUUUGCAAAAUGGGAAACACGGGAGCGGCUAUUAGUUUUCUGAGGAUAGCGGGAGAUGGAGGUUUAAAUCCUAACACCAUGAUAUAUAGCAUGAUCAUUGACAGUCAUUGCAAGGAUAGAAUGGUGGAUGAUGCUUUGAACCUUUUUCGCGAAAUGAAAGAGAAAGGGGUUCACCCAAAUGUUUUUACAUAUACCUCUUUGAUUGAUGGCUUAUGUAGUUGUGGCCAGUGGAAGGAGGCUACAAGAAUGUUAGGAGAAAUGUUGGAUAUGGAUAUUUCUCCUGACAUCAUUACGUUCAGUGUCUUGGUCGAUGCACUUACCAAGGAAGGGAGGGGAAAAGAGGCAGAGGAAGUAAUUGAAAGCUUGAUUCGAAGAGGUGUGCAUCCUGAUGUAGUCAUGUACAAUUCUUUAAUGAAUGGAUAUUGUUCGCAAGGCCAGAUGGAUGAGGCAAUGAGAGUGUUCAAUACCAUGGUGGAUAGGGGCGUUCAACCUGUGGUUCAUAGCUACAGCAUUUUAAUUAAUGGAUAUUGCAAGAACAUGGAAGUAGACGAGGCUCUGCGUCUCUUUUUCGAAAUGGAAGAGAAAGGCAUUCGCCCAAAUUGUGUUACAUAUACUACUAUGUUCAACGGUCUCUUUCAGGUUGGUAAAUAUGUAGUUGCUCAAGAACUUCUGAAUGAGAUGGAACUUGCAGGCUUGACUCCCGAAAGUAAAACUUAUUGUAUGUUGUUGGAUGGGCUUUGCAAGACCGGGCAUAUAGAUGAAGCAUUGUCGUUAUUUCACAUGAUUGAAAACAAAGGUUUAGGUCUCAAUGUUGUUAUGUACAAUAUCCUCAUUGAUGCAUUUUGCAAGAACAAGGACCUUGAUAAUGCAAGGGAUCUUUUCAUUAAAUUUUCUUCCCAGGGAUUACAACCUGAUUUCAUUACAUAUAAUAUCAUGAUACGAGGUCUUUGUAAAGAAGGAUUUUUGGAUGAAGCUAAAGAGUUGUUAGUGAAAAUGGAGCAGAAUGGUUUAUUGCCUGAUAGUGGCACUUACAACUCCAUCAUCUAUGGUUUUGUUGAACAACAAAAGUAGUUCCAUGAGGCUCUGGUACUUUUCGAGGAAUGGUUGGAAGGGGUAUUUCACCCAAUGCAUCUACUUUUCGCAUGAUUAAGGAUUUGAUCUCAACUAAUGGAUAGGAGCCUUGCUCUCCAUGAAGUGGUAAUGAAGUUCAUGCCAAGGAUAGACGUUGAGCUGUACUGUGUUUUCUUUUGCCUAAAUAGGUAUGCAAGGAUAUCUGUAAUUCCGUUCAGAAAUUCUGGCGGGGUUCCGAAGAGGGGGAGCAUAAAAUUAAUUUGGUUAGUUGGAAUAAGCUUUGUGACAGUAAAUCUGUUGGUGGGCUUGGAUUUCGUGAUCUUCACGCGUUCAACCUUGCAUUUCUUGCGAAACUAGGUUGGCGACUUCUACAAGGUCCCCUUCUUUAUUCCAGCGGCUUUUCAAGGGCAAGUACUUUCAUACUAAGUCAUUUUGGGAGGCCUGUUACCCAAGUUCAGCCUCUUGGGCUUGGCGGAGCAUUCUGGCAGGUAGGAAUAUACUUAAAAAGGGCUGGAGAUGGAACGUGGGGAAUGGAUUUUCUAUUGAUGUUUGGUGUGAUCCCUGGCUGCGCAGCUUGUCUCGGAUCUUAUCGAUGGCACGACUCAUCGCAGGAACAUGCCCCUGAUUACAGAUCUUUUCUCGGAGUCAGAUAUGGAAGCAAUUCUUUCGGUCCCAAUCAGUACGCACUACGCAAGGUUGCGGUGACAAAAGCUUAUGGCACUACACGAAUAAUGGGUCUUUCUCGGUAAAAUCAGCGUAUUGGUUGGCCAGGCGAAGCAAUAUACUGCGUCAAUCACGAGAACGAGGUGAGUCGAGCUUAGGUACUCCCUCAGAUUCGUUCUGGAAAACUUUGUGGUCCUUACUGAUCCCGAAUUAAGGUAAAAUGUUUUUGUGGAGGUGUUCCCAUAAUGCUAUUGCUGUGCUUUAUAAUUUGAAUUGCAAAGGCAUCGAUAUUUCUCCCUACUGCCCAAGAUGUAAAACCAGCGAUGAGACCUUGAGACGUUAGAACACUUGCUGUUCCAGUGCAAAUUUUCGCAUGCAGUGUGGCUUGGUUCCCCUUUCAGUUCUGGUGUUUCUCCCUCUUGGAAUUCAAGCCAGUUUAUGGACUGGUGGCAUUCUUUUCCUCACAACGCUCAAGACUCCGGUGCAGUAGUGGAUAUGGGUGUGCUCUUUGUAUCUGUUUGCUGGUUCAUUUGGAAGGCAAGAAAUCAAGUGCAUUUUGAUGGCCAAAGUUGGGAUUGUUACAUGAUUUUGGAAAAGGCUUCAGCUCGUUGUUCUGAAUUCAGAGCAGCUAAUGCAGCUACACCUCAUCUCCAAAGUUGUGCUACUCCUGGACUGAUUCCUAUGUGGUGCCCACCUCCAGACGAUAUGGUUAAAAUUAAUGUUGAUGGGGCCAUUCACAGGCAAAAUGGUUCAGUUGGUGUUGGUAUUAUUGCCCGAGAUUGCUCGGGUCAGGUUCUGGAAAUGGCAGCCAUCCCUUUUACUGGUUUGUUUUCUCCUAGAACAGUUGAGGCCAUGGCAUUCCGUGAAGCAUUGGUUAUUGCAGCAAAUAGAGGUCUCUCAAAGAUUGUUGUGGAAGGUGAUUCACUCCAAGUUGUUCAAACACUCACUCAAGCAGGAAAAUCAUUUGUGGAUUGCAGCUCUAUCCUCUCGGAUUGUUUAGUUCUUCUGCCGUCAUUUUUUUUUUCUUGUACUUUCGUGCAUGUUAAACGUUCUUGUAAUAGGACAGCCCAUUCGUUGGCUAAGCGAUCUCUAUUAGGUACCAAACUAGAAAAUUGUGGGGGUCCUAUCCCUCGGUUGCUAGUUA